AUGCACAGCGGCUUGAUCGAAACCCUCCUCAGUGCUCUAGUCCAGCACUGGGCGUUGGUACUUGCAACAAUUAUCGUCACGUGGCUGGUGAAGAACAGAUAUCACCAUGGUCUGAAUAAAUAUCCUGGACCAUUUGUGGCGUCUUUGACGGAUUGGUGGCGAUUUUAUGAUGUUUAUGGCCAGCGACCUGAAGUUACCCUUCAGAAACUCCACGCCAAGCAUGGCGAUAUCGUGAGAAUUGGACCUAACACUCUAUCCUUCUCCAACCCUGCUGUCCUCAAAUCUAUAUAUGGUCUUAGCAAGGGUUAUGUCAAGUCCGACUUCUACAUCGUGCAGCAAUCCGUCGUCCAGGGCCAUCGUCUUGCAUCCCUCUUCAGCACAACAGACAAUGAUUUCCACUCCCAAUUCCGCAGAAGUGUCAACUCUGCCUUCUCCAUGAGUGCACUUGUUCAAUAUGAGCCCUUCGUCGAUAAUACCACCAAGCUGUUCUUGGAUCAAACUGAGAAUCUCUUUGUUAAGAAGCCCGAUGUCUGCGAUUUUACGCAGUGGCUUCAGUUCUACGCUUUUGAUGUCAUUGGAGAAAUCACCUACAGCAAGAGACAUGGCUUCAUUGAGAAAAAUGAAGAUGUCGAGGGUAUUGUUGCGUAUCUCUCAAAGCUAUUCCUCUAUGUCGCACCUGUCGGACAAAUCCCGUUCCUCGAUCUCCUCUUCCUCAAGAACCCAAUCUACCUCAAACUCUCCCAGUGGGGUCUUUUCGACUCUACAUUCCCCGUUGCACGCUUCGCCCGUGCUCGCAUGGCCGAGCGACUCAUCCCCGAGCUCCAUGCCGGCGAUAGCCUUCCUCUAGCCAACAUCAAGAAGCAGCCUCUUGGCCAGGACCUGCUAUCCAAGUUCAUCGCUGCCCGCGAAGCACGCCCUGAAUUCAUGACCGAUACACUUGUGCAGACCAUGGCAGUCUCGAUGGCGUUCGCCGGUUCAGAAACAACAGCUAUCACCCUGUCUGCAGUAUUUUACUAUCUUCUCCGAAACCCAGCUUGUUACGAGAAGCUCCAGAAGGAACUCGAUGAAGCUGCCAAGGCUGGAGCUUUCUCUGACUACGAAACUGGUUUGGUCACAUUUGCCGAGGCCCAAAGGUUCCCUUACCUACAUGCCUGUGUCCAAGAAGCUUUCCGCAUGCAUCCCGCACCCGGUCUUCCCAUGGAGAGAAUCGUGCCUCCUCAAGGAGCAGAGAUCGGCGGAGAGUUCGUCAAGGGCGGGACCAUUGUCGGAGUCUCAGCAUGGUUGAUUCACCAUCGCCAGGAGAUCUUCGGCCCCGAUACCGACCAGUACCGUCCUGAGCGAUGGCUCCCAGAUCCUAAGCUGAAUGCCGAUGACGAGGACAAGCGUAUCAAGAAGAUGACCGGUAUGAUGUUCCAGUUUGGUAUGGGUAGCCGAACUUGCAUUGGCAAGAAUAUCAGCUUGUUGGAGAUUUACAAGGUUGUGCCGAGUCUUCUAAGAAGAUUCGAGAUCGACUUUGAAGACCCUAGCAAGGAAUGGAAGAUCAUCAAUGCCUGGUUCGUCAAGCAGACUAAUUUCAACGUGAAGUUCACAAGAAGGGACCUGGUACAGCCAGAAUUUUCAGAAAAGCAAUUAUAG